CCCUACUCUACCCGGCCCCUUAGUACUAUGAACAAAAUUGCACACUAUCCCCACCACCCCCAUCGGCCAUCGCCAUUGAUUUUAGUUCCAUUAUAACUCUUUCUCAUAUUCAUAAUUUCUUUUUAGUUUCCGAGUUCAGUUUCAUGGAUUUCCCGGCAAACCGAUUCUCCGCCCAUAUUCCGGCGAUUUUUGGUUCCCUACUUAACUCCCUCGGGCGACUUUCACCGGUCACCGGUGAUCUCGGUGCAGCAUCCGCCGGUGUGAUUUUACUCGUAACCGUCGCAAUCCCAGGGUUCUUUUACUUUAAGAAAAGCAAGAAUAAACCUCAGUUUAAUGUCGAUCGUGAGUCGACAAAGGCUUCGACGUUUGAUGCUCAUGUGAAUGAAUUUGUUGGAGGACGUAUAAGUGAGAUACUUGUCCAUCGUGAUGCUGAAUAUGCAGAAGAGUUGCAGCUCCAAGAAGCUUUACUAGCCUCCCUUUACACUGGUCCAAGCAGCAACUAUGCAUCUUCAUCUAUACAAGGAGGACCAUUCUUGGCAACAGAGAUGUUGAAGCUUGAAAAAGAAGGUGAUGGCCAACUUAAAAGCUUCUGUGAGAUUUGCUUGGAUGACAAAGAAAGUUGGCAGAUGUUUAGAAAUGAGAGUUGUUCUCAUUCCUUCUGUUAUGAGUGCACAAGUAAGCAUAUCAUUGCAAGGAUUGCAGAAAAGCCAAAAGUUAUUGGUUGCCCUGGAGUAAGUUGCAGUGCUGCACUUGAUAUUAGUGCUUGUAGGUUCAUGAUUCCCAAAGAGGCACUAAUCCGGUGGGAUGAAUCGUUAUGCCAGUCAAUCAUUCCUGACUCUCAAAAGCUGUACUGCCCUUUCCGUGAUUGCUCAGCCCUGUUAGUUAAUGAUACUGGGGCUAGUAUACAAAAGAUAAAAUGCCCUUUGUGCAAAAGAUCAUUUUGUGCAGCAUGUCGAGUUCCAUGGCAUCCAGAGUUUACAUGCAAAGAGUUCCAGAAACUGAACGCCAAAAAGGGGGGAAAAGAGGACAUGGUGAAGACACUUGCCAAGAAGAAAAGCUGGCAGAAAUGUCCUAAUUGUAAAAUAUUUGUUGAGAAGACAGAGGGAUGCAUUCACAUGACUUGCAGGUGUGAAUAUCAGUUCUGCUAUAGGUGUGGUUCAAAAUGGACUAGUUCUCAUAUUUGCCGUAAAAAAUGACUCCAUUGAGGUUCUCUGGAAAGUGACACUGGAUGAAACUUUGCUUAGGGUCAGUUUAGCUAAUACUAGAUGUAGGUCUCAACUUCAAUCUUUUGGAAGGACGCGGAAGUGUUCAUGAUGUACAUAACAAUCUGGAUUUUUAGCUUUUGUCGAUGGUUAGUUCUAACUUGCAGUGUUGGGUAACAUAGUGCCUUUUGCUUA